CUAUCACACCUACUUUUUACUCAUCACAUCAAAAGUUUUUUUUAGAAAAUUAACACAAAAGUAUCUCUAUGUUAAAUUAUCAAAAAAUCAUUAAAAGAAGAAAUUAAAGAAAAAAAAGAGUAUUUUAAAAAUAAAAAUAGAUGAAGAACUCGGUUGGGUUUUCAAUAGCUCUAAACUCCAGAUUGUCCUCCUUGUUGGGGGUGCGAUAUAUAUUAAUCUGCCGGCGGCCGGCGGAGGAGAAGAGAGAUGAAAAAACCAUGGCCGGGGGCGGUGACAACCCGGGGGCAGCAGCACACCAGUCCCGUGGUGUGGUGCUUGGCCAUAUUCUGCACCGUCGUGACGGUGGCCGUGAUCCUUGCCGGGAUCGUGGUGUUCGUAGGCUACAUGGUGGCCCGGCCGAAGGUCCCGCAGAUGAUCGUGGAGCGGGCCCGCAUCGAGGAGCUGUCGUACGACAUGGUCGGGCACCUCAGCCUGCGGAUCUCGGUGGUGAUCAAGGCGGAGAACGACAACGCCAAGGCGCGGGCCUACUUCUACCACACCAGCUUCGGGCUGAGCUUCCACGGGGUGAGGGUGGCGUACCUGAACGCCGCCCCGUUCGCGGUGGCGAGGAACAGCACGAGGGAGCUGGAUUACCUGGUGGAGUCGUCGCCGAUCCCGCUGACGCCGGAGGAAGGGGAGAGGGUGGCGGAAGGGCUGAAGGGGAGCGCGGUGAUGUUUGAGCUGAAGGGGACGACGAGGACGCGGUGGAGCAUUUGGGUGGUGGGUUCGGUCAAAUUCUGGAUGCGCCUCGACUGCCGCCUCAAACUUCCGGUCAACGGAACCGCCGUAUACCCCAACUGCGCCACCAAAGCUAGAGGAAAGGGCAACACCCAGUCACUACUCACUACUAUUGCGGUGUGGGAGGGGUUGAAGGAGGUGGUGACGCACUCCAGUGGAAGGUGUAAAGGUGGAAGUGUGGAACACCCACCCUAGGUGCCCCACACUCCGACCCGACAGAAAUUGUGAAUGGAGUAAAUUAUGGUAUAAUAUCAAUCUGAUCCUUAGAGAGGCUGUCUUGUGCCCGGUGCGCACGAAGAGCUGUUACAAAUAAUAGAACUCUCACACU